CUGUUGCCCAGCACCACCAGGACCAGUACCAGCCCCAGCACCAACCAUUUGCAUAACUUUCUGCCAACCGACCACCACUAUUUCCUGCGAAUCUGCAUCUGCAAUCGCAUUCCUACGGUCCUGUUCUUUGGUGCAUUCACGAGCUGCGCAUCGCCUUUGCUUUGCUUUCUGCGAUUGUUGAUUUCCAUUCCACCAUAAUUUUCCUCCACUGUUGAUCUUAUGGCUUCCUGGUUGACGUCUUGGAAAGAAACACCCUAAUACACCAAAUCCUUUGCCUUGAGGACUCGGCACAGCUGGAGGUAUAGGUACAUGAACGACUGAUAAAAUGGCCUCAAAUACAGGACAUGUCCGGAAUAAUCCCUUCACCCGUGGAAACUCGCCCUCGAGCGGUCCAGCACCAGUCCCAGCACCAGUCCCAGCACUUCCCAAUGGCCGACCAAAAUCGAUGAUAGCAUCACCGCUGUCGGGGAGUCACACUCCUCCCACGGCCCUCGCCCAUGGCCGAAAUCAAUCCUUUUCUUCCUCGUCCCUCGCUGGCGCGGGUGCCAUCCGGAGUAUCACCAACCGAACCCGGGCAGACUCGAAAACCACUCCCUCGACCUCGAGUACGUUUGCGCCUCCAUUCAUAAAAAGCGAAGAGAUGCGACGCCCCGACGCCGUUAAUGGAAUAGAGGGGGAGAAUGAUUUCUCGGGCAAACGAUACGUCUGGCUGAAGGACCCGCAGCAGGCAUUUGUGAAGGGCUGGAUUGUAGAGGAAACGGCAAACAAUCACAUACUCGUGCAGUGUGACGAUGGCAGUGUAUGGUAACACAUCUCCCAAGAUCAAUUCAGCAUCACUAACGAAAAUGGUAGCAACGAGAAGUCAAUGCGGAUACCGUUGACAAAGUCAACCCCGCCAAGUUCGACAAGGCUGACGAUAUGGCCGAGCUCACCCAUCUAAACGAGGCCUCAGUCGUUCAUAACUUGCACAUGCGAUACCAGGCUGACCUGAUCUACACAUAUUCCGGCUUGUUCUUGGUCACCAUCAAUCCCUAUUGUCCGCUGCCAAUUUACACCAAUGAGUACAUCAAUAUGUAUAAAGGACAGGGUCGGGAAGAGACGAAGCCCCAUAUUUACGCUAUGGCGGAUGAAGCCUUUCGAAAUCUGGUGGAUGAGGGGGAGAAUCAGAGUAUUCUUGUUACUGGCGAAUCUGGAGCUGGAAAGACGGAAAAUACCAAAAAGGUUAUCCAGUAUCUUGCAGCAGUGGCACACUCGGACUCGCCGGUCAAGAAAGCAGCACAGCAACACUCGAAUCUUUCUCAGCAGAUUCUUCGCGCAAAUCCUAUAUUGGAGGCCUUCGGUAACGCUCAGACGGUACGAAAUAAUAACUCGUCCAGAUUUGGAAAGUUCAUCAGAAUUGAAUUUACACGAACAGGCACCAUUGCGGGUGCCUUUAUAGACUGGUAUUUACUCGAAAAGUCACGGGUUGUAAGACUAAAUGCGCAUGAACGAAACUACCAUGUGUUCUAUCAGUUAAUAAAGGGCGCGGACCGGAAACUAAAGCGCGACUUUUUAAUCGACGAUCAAGGUGUGGAAGAUUUCGCUUACACGCGAGAUGGGCAUGACACGAUUACUGGCGUCUCCGAUAAAGAAGAAUGGGAGCUAUUAAUUGAGGCCUUAAACAUCAUGGGCUUCUCCGAGCAAGAGCAGGUCUCGAUACUCCGAACAGUGGCUGCUGUUCUUCAUUUAGGAAACAUCGCCGUCAUAAAUGAGAGUAGGAGCGCCGAUCAAGCCCGAUUGGCCCCAGAUGCUCGUGCCCACGCUGAUAAAGUUUGUAAGUUACUCGGUAUGCCAGUUGAGCCUUUCCUCAAAGGUCUGUUGCAUCCUCGAGUCAAGGCCGGUCGGGAGUGGGUAGAGAAGGUCCAGACACCUGAGCAAGUCCGGCUUGCAAUCGAUGCAUUGUCCAAGGGUAUCUAUGAGAGAAGCUUUGGCGACUUGGUCACCCGGAUCAAUCGACAGCUCGAUAGAUCAGGGAUGGGCAUGGACGAUUCCCAUUUUAUUGGUGUGCUUGAUAUUGCCGGAUUUGAAAUCUUUGAAGAAAACAGCUUCGAGCAGUUGUGUAUUAAUUACACCAACGAAAAGCUCCAACAAUUUUUCAACCAUCACAUGUUCGUCCUUGAGCAGGAGGAAUACGCUCGAGAACAGAUAGAGUGGAAGUUCAUUGAUUUCGGGCACGAUCUUCAGCCUACGAUUGACCUCAUUGAGCUUCCCAACCCUAUUGGUAUUUUCUCCUGUCUGGACGAAGAUUCAGUAAUGCCAAAAGCGACCGAUAAAUCAUUCACGGAGAAACUCCACUCUCUAUGGGAUCGCAAGACUCCAAAGUAUCGACCGUCCCGACUUGGUCAAGGAUUCCUUCUCACCCAUUACGCUGCCGAGGUGGAAUAUUCUACGGAGGGAUGGCUAGAGAAGAACAAGGACCCAUUGAAUGACAACGUUACUAGAUUACUUGCCGCUUCCACUGACAAACAUGUUGCGAAUCUCUUUGUGGAUUGCGCUGACCCUGACGAUGAUGUGGGGGCUACUCGAAGCAGAGUCAAGAGGGGACUUUUCCGCACAGUCGCACAGAGACACAAGGAACAACUCUCAAGUUUGAUGGCACAACUCCACUCGACGCACCCCCAUUUCGUGCGAUGUAUCAUUCCCAACCAUAAAAAGCGGCCAAAACAACUUAGCGCACCGCUUGUGCUUGACCAACUGAGAUGCAAUGGUGUUCUCGAAGGAAUUAGAAUUGCCCGCACCGGGUUUCCCAAUCGCCUCCCAUUCCCUGAAUUUCGACAACGGUACGAGGUGCUCUGCAGGAACAUGCCAAAAGGCUACCUGGAAGGUCAAAUGGCUGCAAAGCUCAUGUUGGACAAACUUGGACUCGACAAAGCUCUCUUUCGAGUUGGUCUCACCAAGGUCUUUUUCAGAGCAGGUGUGUUGGCCGAAUUAGAAGAGCAGCGAGAUACUCUAAUUUCAGAAAUCAUGUCUCGAUUUCAGUCCAUUGCUCGAGGGUUCAUACAGCGACGAAUUGCCCACAAGCGUUUAUACCGAGCAGAGGCCACCAGAAUCAUUCAACGAAACUUCCACAUAUACCUAGAUCUUUGUGAGAAUCCUUGGUGGCGAUUGCUGACCAAGAUGAAGCCCCUUCUUGGAGCAACGCGAACUUCUGGCGAGGUCAAGAAGCGAGAUGAGAUGAUUCUGAAGCUCAACGAUAAAAUGAAGCAGGAAGCAGUCGAGCGCCAGCGUCUAGAUGAGGAACGUAGGAAUGCCCACACCGAAAUGCAACGUAUUCAGCAGACCUUGGAGAGCGAACGUGCGCUGGCCUUGGAUAAGGAAGAAAUCUUCAAACGACUUCAGAUGCGGGAAACCGAGCUGAGCGAUAAAUUAGCCGGCGCUCUAGACGAUCAGGAAAAGCUGGAAGAUCAACUUGACGACCUCCUGGAAGCCAAGAAAAAGGCAGAACACAAAUCUGAGCAGUGGCGAGCGGAAUUGGAACAGGCAGGUCAAAUCAUCUCGAAGUUAGAGCAGGAGAAACAGGAAUUGUCGGAACAACUGGAUAAAUUGGAUGCGAAGCUUCACGAUUUAACACAAAGCCAAUCCGCAAGAAGCGCAGAAGAGUCUCGCCUGACCCAAGAAGUCAAUAUGCUUCAAAGUCAGCUCAGUCUCAAGGACCGCAAGGUUCAUGAUCUCGAAGGGAAGCUUCUCAAGAUUGAUCAAGAUCUGGAUAUCAAGCUAGCAAAAGCCAAUAAAGAGCUUCAGGCCACCAAGAUGAGGGAGUCAGAAUUAUCUUCCGAAAACAGAAGAGCUCAGAAACAGAUCUCUGAAUUAUCAGCAACGUCCACUAGCUAUGAAGAUCUUGUGCGUAAAAAGGAGAGUGAGUUGUGCGUACUGAGAUCAGACAACCGCAAAUACGAAGAUGAGCGCAAGAACUUUGACGACGAGAAGAAGGCAUUAGCCAAAGAGAAGGACAUGGUCGUCAAUCGACUUCGUGAGGUCCAGGCUGAGAUGUUCACAAUGAAAUCUCAAAAACAACAGCUUGAACGUGAAGCAGCCGACACAAAGAAGCUUCUCGAGGCUCGACUGACGGAAGAUGCCCAGGCCGGACAGAACAGAAGGAUGUUGGAAGGCCAAAUCGCUGAUCUCAAGGAACAGCUCGCAGAAGUGCAGAGGGAGCUGAGUAAGGCGUGCCAGUCCAGAGACGAUGUACAACUUCUUGCGGAGCACCGAUAUCGCGAGUUGACGGAGAAGUACCAGGCGCUCAAUGAAUCCAAAAUCAUCAUCGAGAAGGAGCUUUAUGUGCAACAAGAUACUCUCCGACGAGCCAUGGAAGCACGUGUUACUGCUGAAAAGGAGCGCAACGAGGCUCGUAGUGAAAUUCGACGACUUCGUGAGGCGAAAUCUGCUCUCGAGGAAGCAAGAAUCCAAGCAGAAUUAUCCAACGACCGAGCCGCCUCGAGACAGGCCCGAGAGCGUGAGGCUAGCGUGCGCAAAGAUUUGGAAGCGGAACAGAGCCGAGCAAAGUAUUUUGAAGAGGAGUGUGGUCGUCUGAAUUUGGAAGUCAAAGAACUUAAUAAGAUCAUUGCCGAGUCCACAGACUUCGGAAUCCGGAAUGACAAGGAAAAAGAAAGACUCGAUCGCGAACUUAACACAGUCAAGAGCCGACUUAUGGCUUCCGAGAACGACAACCGCGCACUCCUCAAUAAGCUUCAACAGAAGGGGCUGGAGCUUGCGCGAUCAGGUUCCAAAGCAAAUGAAACAUCUCGUGGUCAACUGCUCAAUGCUCAGCGAGAGAAAGCCAAGUUGGAGGAGCAAAACCAACGGCUGAACAAACUGCUUGGUGACUCUCAAUUGGCCGUGGCCUCUCUUGAGAAACAGAAGGAGAAGCUUUCGUUGAGUCUCGAAGAUCUCAAUCAUGAGGUUGCCCGCGAACACAAGGCUAAUAGGAAUGCCGAAUUGGCAUCGUCGAAUUUUACUAGCCAACUGGCCGAGGCUAACCGCAAAUUGGAGGACGAACGCCAACUUCAUUCUCAAGCGCAAGCAAAGAACCGACAGCUCCAGUCUAUUAUUGACACUCGCGAGAAAGAGGUUCUUGAGCUUAUGAAGCUUGUCGAUCCCGAGAUGAAAACGCCACCCGUGCCGCAAUACGAUGGAGGGAGCGAUCGUAGCCCCAACAAGUCGCCAAAUCUCGUUCCCAGUCUUACUCAGAAGAUUGAGGAGCUACAAAAUAAUCUCCGCGUCCAGUCUGCCGGACGAUCGAAUGCAGAGUCACAACUUUCUGAUCUACGAAGAAGAUACGAGGAUGAGUUUGGCGAAUCUCCUGAUAAAUCUCCGACCCGCCCUAGGUUGGAGGAAAUCAAUCCAAACCAAGCUCCAUUUGGCCAGUCUCCAACCCGUCUUCGAGAGAAGCUUAAUGCCAGGGCCCAAUCCAAUGUCUCUACACCUACAAGAAGAUUUCCCAGCAGUAAUGGAGCAGAUGCUGCCCAAGACUCGGCAAGAUCGGACAGAACUGCUGAUAUCUUGAGCUUCAAUAAUCGCAUGGAUCUCAAGGCUGAUGUUGAAGAGCUACAAAACCAAUUGCAAAUGACACAGAUGCAAAACAGACACCUGCAAAGUCAACUUGAGCUAUCGACGCCAUCCCAAGAAUUAUGGUCUGAGGAUAGUCCAUCACUACGCCGUGUUCAGAAGUUGGAGCAAGCCAAUAGUAGGCUCCAUGAGCUGUUGGACGACUCAGCUAAGAAGGUAUCUGGUCUAGAAAAAAUCAUUCAAUCUGGCGAGUUGUCAAUCCGCGAUGUUCAGACCAAGUCUCACCAGGAACUCUUUGAACUCCUCACCAGCCAAGAGGAAUCCCGGAGAUCUAUUCUACAUGCUCAUAAGGACACUGUGGGAGACCUGAUUGAUACCAAGAAACAUCUUGAGGGACUCAAACAUGCCCGUGCAACCUUGGAAGUUGACUUGAGAGAUGCCAGAUCUGACUUGGAAGAAAUGACUCUCCAGAGAGACCAGGAUGCGGCUAGUCGAAGCCAACUUUUACAAGAAUUUGCUGACCUCCAAAUUCGACUCGAUGCUGAAUCCUCUAAAUUAGUUGAUGUCACUUCGAGCUUAUCUUUGUACAAGAGCCGCGCAGACGAGUAUUUUAGCAAAUUGGAGCAAGCCGAGAUCGCAGUCCUCAAGGCAUCAAGAGCAGAGCAAUUUGCCAGAACACAGGCGAAGGAGGUGGAAGAGACAUGUGCUGAAAUCAUGUCGGAGCGCAAGCAGAUGGAUGCUACCAUUGAGGACCUCCAACGACAAGGUCAACGAUAUGAGGAGAAGCUAGAAGACACAUCUGCCGAUCUGGAAGCCGCUGUACAAGCAAGAAAGCGUCUACAGCAUGAGCUCGAAGAUUAUAGAAGCCAGAGAGCCAUAGAUAUCGAAGAUAAGGAAUCCAGCAUGGAGCAAACUCGCAAGAAGUACCAAGCCGAGUUUGCGACUCUCACCAAUGAGUUGGAUGUUGCAAGAGAGGAGAAGCUCUUCAAGCAGGCCGAAAGCACCAGAUUACGAGAAGAACUGGACGAACUUCGGUCCAAGUGGGAUGACGAGGUCCUCAACAGCUCCACCUGGUCGAAAGAGAAGGCACGACUUGAAACUACACUGUCCGAUCUCUCGGCUUCCCGAGAUGAAGCUGUCAAUGCUCAUAAGGAUGCGCAAGAAAAGAUUGUUGGUUUUCUCUCCCAGGUCCGAAGCCUACGAACUACCAUUGAUGACCUCAAUGCGGAGCGAGACAUUCUCCACAGGGAGAAGCGUGGGUUGGAAGCCCGUUUGGAAGAAGCCAAGGCUGGACUUGACGAUCUAUCUCGAAGCGACAGUCCCGCAUUACGAAAUGCUGCAGGUAUAGACCGAGAACUCCUUGAGCUCAAGUCAUCGCUUGCUCAACAGGAGGAUAUUUCGGCGGCUGCUGUUGGUAAGAUGAAGCGUGCUGAAGCAUUAGCUGCAGAGAUGCAGAAAGAUACCGUGGCGGAGAGAGAGAUGACUGCGCAACUCAACAAGGAGAAGGCUGCUUUGGAGAAAUCGCUCAAGGAGCACCAAAUGAAACUCAUAGAUCUGGAGACGAAGGGUUACUCAAGUGCCAGUCAAGAUGUGAGAUUCUUACAUGGACGAGUCCAAGAGGUAAGCUCAUUCAAUCAUCAUAUCUGUGUAUUCAUUGCUAAUUCAACCUCUCAGCUCGAGGCACAACUCGAAACUCAAGAAAAUGAACGCAACAAAUCACAGCGUUCUGUCCGCAAUGUUGACCGCACAGUCAAGGACUUGCAGUCCCAGAUUGAUCGUCGCGAUAAGAUUAACUCGCAACUAGAGGAGGAUGUUGCCCGUGCUCGUGACCGAGCCGAGAAACUACUCAAAACAAUUGACGAGCUUCAAAGCAGUGACUCAACCAGCCAACUUAGUGCUCGUAGAGCUGAGCGUGAGCUUCGGGAAGAACGCGAGAAGGCUCUACGACUUGAACGUGAACUCGAGGGCUGGAAAGCGGGUGCCGUGCGUCGCAAUGGGGCGUGGGGCACGGGAGUUGAAGAAAAUGGGAUCGAAAUUCCGAAGCGGAAGAGCAGUAUUAGUAGGCAGCCGAGUAUGAGUAAGGGGUUCCUGUAGUGGCUUGGACGAUGAGAGGUUUAUGUGUAUCAUGAUUGGCCGGAUCGAUGGAUGGAUUAAUGGGACGAGGCGACGAUGAAUUGGUGCAUUUAUAAAAAUGGGCCUGGCGUUUUUUACAAUAAUGUAUGAUGGUACAGAGAUGGGAUGGGGGUGUUUGGCGGUGUAUCUAAGGACAACAGUAUUUGUAUUUUAUGGACUGGGUUUUGGUAGGGGAUGGGGUGAGGUGGGAACGGGCGACUUUUGAGAGAGUUGCCUGUUUCUGAUUCUUGGUUUAUAUACUUGUAUUGGAAUUAAGUAGUGUUUGCCGUCAUAUUAUUCGUUCUUCUUUCAAAAUCAAGUGGUCGGCUGGUCUGAUGCCAAGGGUUCUGUUGUGUGAUGAGGUGGUUAGUAAGCGUUUGGCGUUGUGAUCUUACUGUGGCUUCAUGUUGGGUAUUGCUCUUAUUGGGUGCGAAUGGUGUACUGGACCAAGCGGGGUUUGUGGAUUCUUGGCUUGUAAAUGUAUAUUACUUGUUGUGUCCUUCGUACUAUCUCACUCUCUUGUGGAUACUGUAUAUCUCCUAGAAGAAAACCAGGUUUAUUUGAUGAUCCCACCCCAUCAUGCGAGGGUUUUUGAACAUGAUGCAGGCCCUCUCGCUGGGUGGUUUAUUGGUGACACGAGUUGCUGCGUUAGUAUGUCCCUUGGAAAAUAGAGAUGAUAUCUUAGGGAAGACUUUUGAUUAUGGUAUGUAUGUUCCUGGGUACUGCGUAGUGCUGUGCCAUUCAUGAGUAUGUGAUGAGAGGUAAAGCUAAAUUUUUCAAAAACUAGUUAUUGUUGGGGGUGGAGUGAGUGGGUUGGUAAUUGCUAAUCGGUUGAGUGAGGAUGAGAAAAGUAAGUUUCAUUUCUCAUAGUUCAAAUACUUCAGUUGAUAAUGGGUGUUAGACAGUGUCUUGGUCCUCGAAAGGGGAUUCUUCGACGAUAAACCGGAGGCGAUUAUUCCUGCGUUUGCUAGUGCGGUUGAUGAGAGUGUUAUGAUGAGGCCUACGUCUGCGCCCAUCCCGGGAUUAAAUGGGAGGAGGAUUGGGGUUGCUGUUCCUGCUGUUGUUGGGGGUGGAAGUGGUAAGUUGUUAUUUGUUUUGGGCUUUUUGACCAGGAUGAAAGAUAACCCCUAUUCUCCUUUGUCUAUCCUGGGCAGUAAAAUUCACAAUGCUAAAUUAAUGCAGUUGUUAACGGAAUGGCCUACGGCCGAGGAAGCAAAGCCGAUUUCGACGCUUGGGAAGAACUCGGUAAUCCAGGCUGGGGCUGGAACGACCUCCUUCCUUAUUUCAAGAAGAGCACUACAUUCCAACCCCCCACACCACCAACAGUGAGACAAUGGAACAUCACCUGGGAUCCAUCAGUCUAUGAUCGUGGUCCCCUUCAUGCUUCGAUUGAUGACUUCAUCUACCCGGAUCUGUUGAGUUUUUGGAAUGCGUGGUAUGCUCAGGAGGGUGUGGAGAAGAAGAGGGAUUUUAAUAAUGGGCAGUGGCCAGGUGCAGGUUGGGUAGAUAACACGGUUGAUAGCAGCGAGGGGGUGAGAGAUACGAGUCGGAGGGCGUAUUAUGAUAGUGUUUGUAGGACGCGGAAGAAUCUUCAUAUUCUGACGGGACAGACGGUUAGCGAGAUUUUGUUUCGUGGUCUUACUGCGAAGGGGGUGAGGAUCAUUUCUAGGGCUGACAAGAAAAUCGCUGAAGUUUAUGCGAAGAAGGAAGGUUUGUACUUUGUUUAACCUAUUUUCGAAAGCCCGCUCUUCUUAUCUUAGUAUCGAGGGGAAAAAACUAACUUCGUCUUGCAAACUAGUCAUACUCGCAGCCGGAGCAGUACAGACGCCUCAACUGCUGCAAGUGAGUGGUAUUGGUCCCAGGCAAGUUCUGGAAGCGGCCGGUAUCAAAGUUAAAAAGGAUCUCCAAGCUGUUGGCGCAAACCUACAAGAUCAUCCUACGGUCAUCAUGCAAUUCAAUUUAUCGAAUCAGUUAUUCCCAAACCCUGACUCCAUUUUCAACAAUGCUACGUACAAUGCCAGUGUUUGGGAAGAAUACUUUACGAGCCGUACCGGACCGAUCGCUUCGGGACGCUCUGGCAUGACCGCCUUUCUCUCGCUACCACAGAUUACGACUGCCGCUGGCUCCGUAGCCGCAAACUAUCUGGCACAAAAUGCAAUUGAUUUCCUGCCGAGCGGCUACAAAUACCCUCCGCUUCUUCGUGGAUAUGAAGCCCAACGGAAGAUUCUUGCGAGAAGGUUUACUUCGAACAUAUCAGGUGUGGUUGGUUACCCUCAUCGAGGGAACGGUGCAGCACCAAUGCCGUUUCAUAAACCCACAUCUCGCGGAACCAUAACUUUGAAUCUAACGCAUCCCCACGAGCUACCAAUUGUCCAAUUCAACACACUACAGAAUCCAAUCGACACCUCAAUCAUACUUGCGAUAGUAAAAUAUGCCCGCGCCUUCUGGGCUUCCCCAGAACUCGCACACUUCAAUCCAAUUGAGAUAUCACCAGGUGCUCAAUACCAGACAGAUGACCAGCUUCUUGUUGGGCUCAAAGCAGGACCUUUACUUCCUUCUCUUGCGCAUCCCGUUGGUACUUGUGCGAUGAUGCCGGAGAAGCUGGGAGGUUGUGUGGGCAGUGACUUGAAAGUUUAUGGAAUUGGAGGAUUGAGGGUUGUAGAUGCGAGUAUCAUUCCGUUGAUUCAGGCGGGCGUAUUACAAGCUGGGGUUUAUGGUCAGGCGGAGAAGGCGGCUGAUAUAAUCAAGGGGACAUAUUGAGAUCGUCGGCAUGCUUUUACUUUCACUCAAUGUAGUACCUAGCAACUAAUAUGUUCGAGUUUUUGAAGUUUUGUGGAGGGAUUUCUUGCAAUUUUGCCACUAGUUGCUAAUGUAUGUUCUCCAUGGAUGGGAAUAUCUUACUGUAAUCAUCACAUAACUUUUCCAUCAGCAAAGGAAUAAAACAAAACAAAAUCAGUAUUAAGA